GCGCCGGCGCGGCGGAGCCCGGGCGCGCUCGGAGGGUUUUUCUUUUUGGGGUGGCGGGGCGGGGAGGAUCGCGGUUUAUCCCCGCUUUUGGGGAGGGGGGGACGGGGCAGCGGAGCCGCCGCUGCCCCCGCCUCCCCCUGACGCCUGUCCCCGCUGUCUCUCUGCCCCGCAGUACGACGAGCUGCCCCACUACGGCGGCAUGGAGGGGGUGGGCAUCCCCACCACCAUGUACGGGGACCCCCACGGCGCCCGCCCCAUGCAGCCCGUGCACCACCUGAACCACGGGCCGCCGCUGCACUCGCACCAGUACCCGCACGCCGCCCACGCCAACGCCAUGCCCCCCGCCAUGGGCGCCUCCGUCAACGACGCCCUCAAGAGAGAUAAAGAUGCCAUCUACGGACACCCCCUGUUCCCUCUUUUAGCACUGAUUUUUGAGAAAUGUGAAUUAGCUACAUGCACACCCAGGGAGCCCGGGGUAGCGGGAGGCGAUGUUUGCUAAAAAAAAAAAAAAAAUGAAGACAAAAAAAAAAAAAAAAAACAGAUCCGAGCAGAGAAACCCCUCUUUUCCUCUAAUCCUGAACUGGAUAACUUGAUGAUUCAAGCCAUACAAGUAUUAAGGUUUCAUCUGUUGGAAUUAGAGAAGGUACACGAAUUAUGUGACAAUUUCUGCCACCGGUAUAUUAGCUGUUUGAAAGGAAAAAUGCCUAUCGAUUUGGUCAUAGACGAUAGAGAGGGCGGAUCAAAAUCGGACAGUGAAGACAUAACAAGAUCAGCAAAUCUAACGGAUCAGCCCUCCUGGAACAGAGACCACGAUGACACGGCGUCAACGCGCUCUGGGGGAACCCCCGGACCCUCCAGCGGAGGACACACAUCACACAGCGGGGACAACAGCAGUGAGCAAGGUGACGGCUUGGACAACAGUGUAGCUUCCCCCAGCACAGGUGAUGAUGAUGAUCCAGAUAAGGACAAAAAGCGACAUAAAAAGCGUGGCAUCUUUCCCAAAGUAGCCACAAAUAUCAUGAGGGCAUGGCUGUUCCAGCAUCUAACACACCCUUACCCUUCAGAAGAGCAGAAAAAGCAGUUGGCACAAGACACAGGGCUCACUAUACUUCAAGUGAACAAUUGGUUUAUUAAUGCUAGAAGAAGAAUAGUUCAGCCCAUGAUAGACCAGUCCAAUCGAGCAGUAAGUCAAGGGACACCCUAUAACCCCGAUGGGCAGCCGAUGGGAGGUUUCGUGAUGGACGGCCAGCAGCACAUGGGCAUCCGAGCGCCAGGACCUAUGAGUGGAAUGGGCAUGAAUAUGGGCAUGGAGGGGCAGUGGCACUACAUGUAACCUUCACCUAGGUAACCAAUGGCAAAGCCAGGGGGAAGGCUGCAAAGUAUGCCAGGGGAUUAUGUGUCUCGGGGUAGUCCAAUGGGUAUGAAUAUGGGACAGCCAAGCUAUACGCCGCCCCAGAUGCCCCCCCAUCCUGCUCAGCUGCG